UCUGAGAGGAGGCAGGCCGGUGAUUUUCCACUGCCGCUGAUGUCUCCGGUCCCCCCGUUUUAAGAGACAAAUGUCAGAAAGAGAGGCUUAUAAAUAGGCUAAAAUAUAGGCUACCGACGCGUCCAGCCCUCAGUCGCUCUCACGGACACCGGAGGACACGGACAAGACGAACCGGACAAGGGACCGCGCUCAAAGGACAUUAAAAGGACAAAAUAAAAUACAAAAUCACAUCAACAGAGCAGAAUGGCGCAGAAAGAGAAACUUCAGUGUCUGAAGGAUUUCCAUAAGGACACUCUGAAGCCGUCUCCCGGUAAGAGCCCCGGCACUCGGCCUGAAGACGAGGCGGAGGGCAAACACCCCCAGCGGGAGAAGUGGGCCAGCAAGUUGGACUUUGUUCUGUCUGUGGCUGGAGGCUUUGUUGGUUUAGGGAACGUCUGGCGUUUCCCAUACCUCUGCUAUAAGAAUGGUGGAGGUGCAUUUCUCAUCCCCUACUUCAUCUUCCUGUUUGGCGGAGGUCUGCCGGUCUUCUUCCUGGAGGUCGCCCUGGGUCAGUUCACCUCCGAGGGUGGCAUCACCUGCUGGGAGAAGCUCUGCCCCAUCUUUACUGGUAUUGGUUACGCCUCCAUUGUGAUUGUUUCCCUGCUGAAUAUCUACUACAUCGUCAUCCUGGCCUGGGGCCUCUACUACCUGUUCCAGUGUUUUCAGCCGGAGCUGCCCUGGGCCAAGUGCAAUCAGCCCUGGAACACCGAACACUGCAUCGAGGACACCUACCGCAAGAACAAAACCUUUUGGUUGGCUGCCAACGCCUCCAACUUCACCUCCCCCGUCACCGAGUUCUGGGAACAUAACGUGCUGGGUAUCACCAGCGGUAUAGAGGACAUGGGUCAUGUUAAAUGGGACCUGGCUCUUUGUUUACUGCUCGUCUGGGUCAUCUGCUUCUUCUGCAUCUGGAAGGGAGUCAAGUCCACUGGCAAGGUGGUCUACAUCACAGCCACAUUCCCGUUUAUCAUGCUCAUCGUGCUGUUGAUUCGUGGUGUGACACUGCCGGGUGCUUCAGCGGGUAUCAGGUUCUACCUGUACCCUGACCUCGCUCGCCUGAAGGACCCAGAGGUGUGGAUUGACGCCGGCACCCAGAUCUUCUUCUCCUACGCCAUCUGUUUGGGCGCCAUGACGUCCUUGGGGAGCUACAACAAGUACAAAUACAACUGCUACAGGGACUGUUUGCUGCUGGGAGCCCUCAACAGUGGUACCAGUUUUGUGUCUGGCUUCGCAAUAUUUUCCGUCCUGGGCUUCAUGGCACAAGAGCAAGGGGUGGACAUUUCUGCUGUGGCAGAGUCAGGUCCUGGCCUGGCGUUCAUUGCCUACCCCAAGGCUGUAACCAUGAUGCCUUUUCCUACACUCUGGGCAGUUCUCUUCUUCGUUAUGCUGCUGCUGCUUGGCCUCGACAGUCAGUUUGUAGAGGUGGAAGGGCAGAUCACAUCACUGGUGGAUCUGUAUCCGUCCUUCCUAAGGAAGGGUUACCGCAGAGAGGUCUUCAUCGCUAUCCUCUGCUGCAUCAGCUAUCUGCUUGGACUCACCAUGGUUACCAAGGGUGGCAUGUAUGUUUUCCAGCUGUUUGAUUACUAUGCAGCGAGCGGUGUGUGCCUUCUGUGGGUGGCAUUCUUUGAAUGUAUAGCUGUUGCCUGGGUAUAUGGCGUUGAUAAUUUCUACGAUGCAGUCGAGGACAUGAUUGGCUACAGACCAAAUCCCUGGAUGAAGUGGAGCUGGUCUGUUAUCACUCCUUUACUGUGCAUGGGCUGCUUCAUUUUCUCCUUGGUCAAGUACAAGCCACUGACGUACAACAAGGUCUACCAGUAUCCGGACUGGGCCGUCGGAAUAGGUUGGACUCUGGCCUUGGCCUCCAUGAUCUGCAUCCCUAUGGUGGUGGUCAUCAAGAUCAUCCAGUCUGAUGGGCCCCUCAUUGAGAGGAUCAAGGCGGUGGCCGCCCCGGUUCGUGGCGGGGCCAGCUCUCGUCCCGCAGACCACCGCGGCCCUAAGGAGCUCUCCUACCCGCUGGACCCCAACGGGAACAAGGGCCUCCUGAUGAAGGCCCCCACCCACACCAUCGUAGAGACCAUGAUGUAAAGGAAUGAGGUGGAGGCUCUCCAUGAGAUCGCUCUCCUCUCCUCUCCUGUCCUCUAAACGCUUCUGAAGCUAGCUAGCUUUCUGUCUCUGUCUCUCUGUCUGUCUGGUGGACUGAUAAGGGUUUUAGGAAAAAAAAAAAAAAGUUCCCGUUUCAAAUCUUUUAGGAGUACUUUGGAAGUAGUUUGCUGUUGGUGGUUUUCUCAAGAGGGUAGCAAUCACAUUUCAAAUCUAUUUCUGAAAUACUCACAAGCUGUUUUUUUUAUUUUUUAUUUUUAAUCUUCAUGUGACUGCACACGUCCCACUAUUGUCUUGCUUAAAGGCACAGUGGCAGAUUAGCACCAGCCUCCGGUCAGACGCUGGUUUGUUCCAGCACUUGUUCUAAAAAAAGAGAAGAAAGUGCUUAUUGAGUCUUGGAAUAAAAACUGCCUUUUGUAGCCAUGACAUGAAAAAGAUUUCCUACACUGAUCAUCAAGCACCAAAAUACAGAUUUUUUUUCUUUUUGACUGUGAUACGACGAAGAGGCUGCACUUAUCUGAGGCCACAGGGUUCAGCUUCGGCUGAUUCUGCUCUGCUGCAUUCAGCUGAGGCAGAAGAUCCAGGCACAAGUACAUAAUUAUGAACUAAAAACAUGUCACAAUUAGAGAUAUAUACUAUGGCUGCACAGUUAAUCGAAAUAUAAUCGAAAUCGCAAUAUGGCCAAGAGCAAAACCCAAAUUGUAGGAGGAGCUGUGGUGCUACGGAGACGCCGCAGCCUACAAAUCAUAUUCUCCAGAUGUAAAGGAACAUGUAAACAUAUUUGUUUGGUUUGUUUGUUUGUUUUUCAGUGAAAAUGAAAUGAAAAAACAGUAAUUCCAACUGAAUCGUAAUCACAAUAUCUGCCAAAAAUGAUCGCAAUAUGAUUCUUUUUGCAUAUUGUGCAGCCUUAAUAUUCACCCACCUCCAGGUAUCAGAAAGUCUGAAAAGCAUCUUGAUUUUUAAUAAGAAAUGGGACCAAAAACAAAAAGUCCCAAUCCAGUAAAUAUGACAUUCUGUUUCUGUCUGUUAUUAAUGGAGCUAUUUGUAAGUUUUGCUAUUGCUACAUAGCUAAUGUUAGCAUUAGUAGCUGUUUACUUGCAACAUUGUGGGUUCAGCAUCAAACUUCAUUCCUUUAUUCACCAACAUCUGUCUCCAGUGGUGGAAAGCAAACCUCUGGCUUUGCUAAAAGUUCGAUCACGUUUUUUCUUCUAAUGAAGUCAGCAUGCUAACCAGCUAGCUUCAGCCUGGUUGGCCCGUCUCGUCACUUUCCGAUACCAAGUCACUGUAGCGUCCUGAAGAAGUAGGACAUAUUAUAAUCUUAUAUUAUAAUCUUAAUGUACACAAUGAUGGCUGAAGGUAUUGGAAAGACAGCUAAGUAAACAGCUGUUAAUGCUAACGCUAGCAAUAGUAAAACCUACAAUUAGCUCCAUUAAAAUCUGGAUAUUUCUAACAAAACAAGUCAAAACACAAGAGCCACCAAAGUUAACUUCUUCUUCGCCGCACAGUUUUUGUCCCGUAAUCAAAGACCAGCUGGUUUGGUAACCAUUAGCGUUAGCCGCUACUUUUUGCCCGGUGCAGCUAAGAAAACUUAAUAAAUAAAAAUCAGAUAAUUGACGCAGCCAUCGUAGCCGACGACCCUUAAAUCAAACCAGGAUCCUGGUUGUUUUUCUAAACGCACCUUAGCACAAACUGUCCCCAUCUUCCAUAGCCGUGAACUGCGGGUGGAAUAGAGAAGUAGCACUGAGACGGCGGCGGGAAAAAUCCCGCUUCUGCACAAAGACAGAGGUAUCUGAAAGGAUUUGAAGUGUGGAGGUUGAACCCUUGACUGUGUUGUCUGUGGCGUACUGUACAGUAGUAGCUAAUCAGUCUAUCUAUAUCUAUCUCUCUAUCUAUCUUUCUCUGUCCUAGACCAGUUUACAGUACAGUAGUGACUGCACUAGGCUCUCGGCUUACAAGUUUUGGAUUGGAUUUAUUUUAUUUUCCACAGAGGAAGUGACAUUAUUAUUAGUUUCUCCUCUGUCGAUGUUUAGAUUUUUUUUAUUAAGACUAUAAUGUUAUUGGUAUUCACUAUUGAUGAUAAUUGCUGUAGUUUUACAUAGAAGAAGGAAACACUUCUUUCAUCUGGUGACAAUACUAAGCUAUUAUACAAAUCAUACAUUUACAGUGGCAGCCAUUGUAGUUUGGUCCUCAUUGUGCAUUUCUUUAGUGUCACACAAACAAACAAUGCAACUGAUUUUUCCCAAAUAUUUUCUCUUGUGGGGGAGGGGUCAGACAUUUAAUGAGCAGUUCAAUGUACAGUAAAAAAAAAUGGGAAUUCUACAAUGGCUCCAUCUGUAAGAGUUGGUAGGUGUCGGGGUUUAUAGCUUUUUUCCUCUUCUGUAAAUACCAGGAGACAGUAUUUAAUUUGGAUGAAGUCAGCCAGACAGGGCACCGCAGCCAAUGGUUAAACAGCGGUGUCACCACCUCGGUGACUCAGCGCCACCAUUGGUUGGAUGACAUUCCCAACGAAGUAGCCGCUGUCUGAGAGUCAAACUCCCGUCCAGACACUGUGAAAUGUGGCAGCUGGCUGCAGACGCACCGCAGCCAGUGACUGACAGAGUCCGUUUCCAUGGCCGCCAUGUUGCCUCACCUCAGUGAGAGCUGCUAAAUGUUUCAAAUCUGGGGCCGGUUGAACAAAACACCUUAACUUUUCUACUUAAGAGUGGCACUUAAGGUUUAAUUUCUCUUUAGCUGAGGGAGUUACUUAAGGGUGUUGGACAGAAUCUCUUAAAAGGUUUCCUAGGUUAAGGAAAAACGUUCAGGCAUUUGCAGCAGUGAAAGAGAUUUUACAGCUGCAGCGUUAAGGGACAUCAUCAUCAUCAUCUUCUUCCUGUGAUGCGUUUACUGUCUUCAUUUAUCACCAUAAACUUAAACUAAGUUUUUUUCCUUACUUUUUGGUCACUAAGGUCUUUUGUGCAACAGUUUACCUGACUUUAAGUGAUUCCUUAAGUACAAGACUAAGAUCAGGAGAAAACCUUCUAUACUUCAGUGAACUUUUUAAAGAAACCUUAAGGAGAAGACUUAAGGUGUUUUGUGCCACUGCUUUUAUUUUAAGGAAACCUUAACUCAGACUUUAAGGAAAAUCUUAACUUAAGGUGUUUUGUUUCAUAGCAACAGUAACUUAAAACAUAAUUUAAAAAAUAAUUAGAAAUUUAAAAAAAAAAAGCAGGUUAUUAAACUCCCCACAUCGUCGUCGUCAUCGGUGGGCGGUCGUUAUGGCGACAUCCGGACUCUGUCAGUCAGUGGUGUGGUGAGAAAUGUGCCCUGUGAUACACCAACAGUCUGUUUCUUCACCUCUGGCUGAUUUUAUUAUUUUAUUUUUUAACAAACACACAAACUAAAAACUACGUUACAUUCUUAACAACAAGGGGCCAUGAUGAUAGUGACGAUGUGAACCUAAAGCAGACAAAUACAACCGUUCCAUUCAUUUUAAUAUGUCUGUGUAACAAGGGGUUUCCCAUGAGUAUGUGUCACCAGCGACCAUCCACUCAGGACCUUUUCUGUAGUGCUUUUAUCUACUGUAUAGCUGCAUUAACCCAGCGUCCAAAAAAAAAAAAUUAGACGUGUAACUGUGGGUGACGGAGAGCUGAUCACACCUGAAAAUCACACCUGAACUGCCUGUUUCACCCACAGUCUGAGGCAAAGAGAGUUUUUAUUGCACCUUAUUUGUAUAAUUUGGACGUCAUAUCAGACCAUGAGGCCAAAACUAAAAAAAAAAAGAAAUAAAAAAACACUGCCAUCUUUUUAUUCAGGGUUUUCAUUGGCCUCUGCUGUAAAAAAAAAUAAAAAUGAAAAAAAAAUACUGUCAAAACUCCAUGGAGUUCAUCUGUUCUCCCAGAAGCAGACAUAUUAAAAUCAAGCAUCAGAUAUACAGUUAUACAGUACGCAUGCAUUGCAGGAAAUCUGACCAACAACAACAAAAAAAAGAAACGUCACAUCAGAAGCGAUCAUGUGACCGGGGUCUCAUUUUAUGUUUCGUGUAAGCUUUAUCAUUUUUUUUCUUCAUGUAGAAUAAAGUCGUUCAUAUCAUUAAAAGGGAUUUGUGAAACCAAAUCCAGCAGCACACAUCUAUUUUCAUACAGUAACAAACUUUUCCUACGAUGAGUCGUCUUUGUACAGCUGAGCUCCCGUCGCAGACCUCCCAUUUUAAUACAGACACAAAGCUUCGUUUUACUCUUCAACUUUUUGUACAGAUUCUGCUUCUCGAUUCCCUGCGAAGGAUCUCGGCACAGAAACUCUCUGUCAGCUGCUUCCUGCGAGAACAACAGCUUCAGAAAAUCACUUCUGCUAAAUUAUUGGAAACAAACCUAGAGAUUGAUGAUUUGUAAGAUGCACAAAGAUCAGAAAGACCAAAAAUAAAAAAACACUUUGAAUCGUGUAAAUGAGGCUGAAGGAAACGAGCUGAGAUCCUUCUGUUGCCGGGGAAACGUGGAACAGAAAUAAAAACUAAUGCAGUCAGUUAUUGGUUUAUUCUGCCUCUCUGUGUAUAUUCCCAGUAUGUACCGGUCCCUCUGCCUCUUUACACUCCCCCGUCAGUUAGCCUCUGUUAACCUAAGCUAACCCAGUUUUUCUCAGAGAUAAUGAAUUUGCAAGAGAAUCGAAAGCAUUAGCGAUGCACAAGUUUUUACCGCCGAAUGUUGAAAUGUGAAAGUCGCCUGCGGGCGGAUGUAAAAGUUUCUGAAGAUUUAUUUUUUAGGUUGAAAGUAAAAAAAAAAAACAAUAAUAGUUUCUUUUUAUUUUCAUUGAUCUUGUUUUAUUGAAUUGAGCAGUUUUUUUUUUUCUUGUUUUAUUUUGUUUUUUGAUUGUGUGUCCGUCACAUUUGCCUUUUGUAUUCCAAAUAUAGUGUAUUUGAACCUCUGUCAUUGGAGUAACAUGUACAACUGUAAAUCAAAAAGAAACAAAAAAAAGAAGCUACGAUUUGUUACGUGCAAUACUUUGUAGAAUACUUUUAUUUUUCAUGCUGUUUUUCCAAAAGGUGGUACUGACCUUUGAAGUAAGAUGAUGAUGAUGAUUAUAAUGAUGAUGAUAGCCUGUGAAAUCUUGAAGAAGACAAUUUGAAUCUUCAGGGUCCAUUUGAGUGAAAGCGCUCUGCAGUGUGGAACUAAAACCAAAAUGAACCACUAUUCCAUCAGAGAUCGUGUGGUUUGAAAUGCACUGAGAAUAAAGUGAUGACGAAACUUUUGUCACAUCAAACUGAACUUCUUAGCAAAACGCUGUUUUUUUAAAAUUUUAUUUGUGUGACAGACUGCGAGUUGUAGUGAGUUUAUGAGGGGAAUGAAACUCAGUAACACUGCCACUCACCCCCCUGCCGCCACCCCCACCCCCGCCCAUCUUUCCAAAAAGCACGAAGCCACCAAAGCUUACCGUUAAAGCGAUAUCUGCGAAUUCAAACCAUUCUCGUGUUUCUUAAUUUGCUUGUAAUGGAACAAAAAAAACUUCUCGGCUGCUUUUGGGGGGGGGGGGCUGCCCCUCAGUGACAGCAGCAGUAGAUCCAAUAAAAUCCAGAUUACAUCAUAUCAAACCUUAUUUAUGCAAUUUCUACAUUCUGCUGAUCUGAACCCGACUCCACCGAACCCUGCGACCUUAGUGCUUUAUCAGAGAAACCUGAACCACAUCGACACAGGAACAGAUUUUAAAUUCACGCUGCCGACAUUGUGUUCAUGUGAAAACGUCACCACAUCUGCAGGAAUCUGUCUGUUUCUGUGACGUAGAUGCAACAUUAAACCGCACGGCUGACGUCACUCUGUGCGGUCGCAAAGGUAGAAAAGUAGGGCUCCGUAUCCCGGCAACAUCCUUAACGCAAAGAUCAUCUUUGUUCUUUAAAAUUUGAAAAAGAUUUUGUCUUAAAUUUGAAUUUUUUGUCAUUUUUAACUUUGAGUCAAGAUUCAGAUAAAGAAUACUUAAACAAUGGCGAUCUCGGCGCUCAGACUUCUGGGAAACGGAGUCCUGCUCGUCCUUCCCCGUCCUCUCUCGUUCUGAGCAUGGUCUCCAAUGACAACGCCUCCGUCUUUUCCUGCAUUAAACCUGAAUACCAGCCCUUCCUCUUUUCAGAAUGUACAUGGGAAAAUGUUUUUUAAUUCUUGGUGAAGAAAAAAAACAUUUUUAAAAAAAAAAAAAAAGAAUUUGAAAGGUUUUAUUUUUAUUUCUAUGGCCAACCUGUAAGCUAGAAAAAAAAAAAAAGGAAAAAAAAAAAUGUGUUUGAACAGGUUUUACAAAGGUGUAAAACUUUUUUUAUUUCUUAAUAAAAAAUUUGUCUUCAGAAAAUGA